UGCGUGUGCGCGUGGAGGAUCUCUCCACGCAGACGUCCAAGCAUCGAGCGAAGAAGAAGGAGGUUGCAAAAGUUGUCGUCUCGCCGCCGACGCUGCGCCAAUUCCGGGCACUUUGGCGCAACCGGAUGCGGCUCCCGGAAGCGUGAGAGACCCCCGCCAGGCCCGGGAGUCUCCGUAUAGGAGGGCGAGAGCAGCGGAGCCAACAGCAUGCGGCGCAGCGAUGGCAGGCGCCGGUAAGACCGCGGUGAGGACGCUGGAGGACUUAACGCUGGACUCCGGGUAUGGUGGAGCCGCGGACUCGGUCCGGUCGUCCAGCGUGUCGCUGUGCUGCUCCGACCCGCCUCAGUCCUUCCCGCACGGGGCCAACCGCUGGCAUCUGACGGAAUCCAUGCACAGCCGCCAGAACAGUCUGGAAACGGUCAACACCGUCCUGGCCGAGGACACGGAGGGGCCGGAGUGCGCCAAGCUGCCCGAGCCGGAGGAGGUGCCGUGGAGCCUGGCCGAGGUGGAGGACGCGCUGCGGCGGGACGAGGAGCUGAUGGCCGCCGGGGAGCCUCCGCCUCCGGAGGUCCUGGCGCGGCUCUCCGUGCUCGUCAGCCGCGCGCUCGUCCGCGUAGCCCGCGAGGCGCAGCGGCUCAGCCUCCGCUACGCCAAGUGCACCAAGCUGGAGGUGCAGAGCGCCGUGAAGAUGGUCCUCUCCUGGACCGUCUCCGUCAACUGCAUCGCGGCCGCCCUGAGCGCGCUCUCCCUCUACAGCAUGAGCACCGCGGACAAGUUGAGCCGCGGCAAGUCGGCGCGCUGCGGGCUGGUCUUCUCCGUGGGGAAGUUCUUCCGCUGGAUGGUGGACGGCCGCGUGGCGCUCAGGGUCCACGAACACGCCGCCAUCUACCUGGCGGCGUGCGUGGAGAGCCUCUUCAGGGAGCUGGCGGCCCGCGUCCUGCGCGGCACGCUGCUGCAGCGGAGGGACAACGGCGUGCCCAAGUUGAGCCUGGAGGCGCUGGAGCAAGCCGUCGGCGGGGACUCGGAGAUUUGGGGGGUGCUGCAACCCUACCAGCACCUCAUCUGUGCCAAGAACUCCAGCGGUGUGCUCAGUCUGCCCGACAGUCUCAACCUGCACCGCGACCAGCAGCGUUUGAGCCGAGGCGGCGGUAGCGGCGGCGAAGAUCACGCCUACACGCAGGCGGAACUACGCACCGUGGAGCAGUCGCUGCUCGCCACCAGGGUGGGCAGCAUCGCCGAGCUGAGUGACUUGGUGUCGCGGGCCAUGCACCACCUGCAGCCGCUGCACAUCAAGAACCCCAGCAACGGCACCCCGGUUCACCAGAAGAGCAACGCCGGCAUCCACUGGGAGCCCGAGGCCCUCUACACUUUGUGUUACUUCAUGCACUGUCCACAGAUGGAGUGGGAGAACCCCAACGUGGAACCCUCCAAGGUGAACCUGCACACCGAGAGACCGUUCCUGGUACUGCCGCCACUGAUGGAGUGGAUCCGAGUGGCGGUGGCGCACACGGAGCACCGCCGCAGCUUGUCGGUGGACAGCGACGACGUGAGGCAGGCGGCCCGGCUGCUGCUACCGGGCGUGGACUGCGAGCCUCGGCAGAUCAAAGCUGAGGAUUGUUUCUGCGGGGCGAGGAAGAUGGACGCCGCCUCCACCGAGGCCAAGUUCUUGCAGGACUUGGGCUUCAGGAUGCUGAACUGUGGCCGCACAGACCUGGUCAAGCAGGCCGUCAAGCUGCUGGGACCUGACGGCAUCAACAGCAUGAGCGAGCAGGGAAUGACGCCUCUCAUGUACGCCUGCGUGCGCGGCGACGAGGCCAUGGUCCAGAUGCUGCUGGACGCCGGCGCCGACAUCAACAGCGAGGUGCCCAGCACAGUAAACAAGCACCCCUCCGUUUACCCCGACGCACGCCACGGGACGCCCCUCACUUUCGCCGUCUUGCACGGACACGUCCCUGUCGUGCAGUUGUUGCUGGACAACAGCGCCAACGUGGAGGGCUCGCUGCAGGACGGGGCGGAGAACUACACGGAGACGCCGCUCCAGCUGGCGUCGGCCGCAGGUAACUUUGAGCUGGUGAGUCUGCUGCUGGACAGGGGGGCGGAUCCCAUGAUCGGGACCAUGUGUCGAAACGGCAUCUCCACGGCGACGCUGGGAGACAUGAACUCGUACAGCCUGGCGGCGGCGCACGGGCACAGGAACGUAUUCCGCAAGCUCCUGUCCCAGUCCGAGAAGGAGAAGGGCGACGUCCUGUCGCUGGAGGAGAUCCUGGCUGAGGGUUCCACGCCCAGGGAGAAGAGCACGGCACCGCAGGCCAACGGCGGCGGCGGCGGCGGGACGCUACGAACAGGAAAGGCCAAGCUGCGGGCCCUGAGAGAGGCCAUGUACCAUAGUGCCGAGCACGGCCAUGUGGACAUCACCAUAGACAUCCGCAGCUUAGGUGUUCCCUGGACGCUGCACACCUGGCUGGAGUCCCUGAGGACCAGCUUCACCCAGCACCGCCGCCCGCUGAUCCAGGGUCUGCUCAAGGACUUCAGCUGCAUCCAGGAGGACGAGUACACGGAGGAGCUGAUCACGCUCGGCCUGCCGCUCAUGUUCCAGAUCCUCCGCUCCUGCAAGAACGAGGUGAUCAGCCAGCAGCUGUCAGUCAUCUUCACACAGUGCUACGGGCCCUUCCCCAUCCCCAAGCUGACGGAGAUGAAGAGGAAGCAGAGCUCUCGCUUAGACCCGCACUUCCUCAACAACAAGGAGAUGUCGGACGUCACCUUCCUGGUGGAGGGCAAACCCUUUUAUGCACACAAAGUGCUGCUUUUUACAGCCUCGCCCAGGUUCAAGUCGCUGCUGCAGAACCGACCCGCGGCGGAGAACACCUGCAUCGAGAUCAGCCAUGUCAAGUAUAAUAUAUUCCACUCGGUCAUGCAGUAUCUGUACUGUGGCGGCACCGAGUCCUUGCACAUACGCAACACCGAAGUCAUGGAGCUGCUGUCCGCCUCCAAAUUCUUCCAACUGGAGGCCCUCCAGCGACACUGUGAGAUCAUCUGCUCCAAGAACAUCACCACGGAAACCUGCGUGGACCUCUACAAGCACGCCAAGUUCCUCGGCGCCACGGAGCUGACGUCCUACAUCGAGGGCUACUUCCUGAAGAACAUGGUGCUGCUGAUCGAGCUGGACGGCUUCAAGCAGCUGCUCGCCGAGCCGGCGCCCGCCGAGAGCCCCGCCCCCUCCGCCCAAAUCCCCGCCCCCGCCCUCUGCUCGGAUAUCCUCCGGGACCUGGAGAAGACUCUGGCCACGCGCGUCCACUCCAUCCACCGCUCCACCUCCAAGGGCUCGGUGGUGUGACCAGCAGGAUUUCACGCAUCUUUAGGUAGUCAAAUUAAAAAAAAUAAAAUAAAAUAAAAUAAAAUAAAAAAGGGACACCGAUUCAUGGGGAUUUUGAUCACAGGUGAUCAGUAGCAAUGCCAGCAAGAGGAACCUUCCGCAUCUGGAACACGUUUCACUGUGGUCCGCCUUUGCAUGGAUCUAGCUUCUUACGCGGAGCUUCUCUAGGGAAGGAAGGAUGCAAAGUCCUAACGUGCGUCCUCCUGUGUCCGACCCUGUCUCGCCGCAUGCCUGGAGCCGUCCGCCAUCUUGCUUGUAGCUGUGCUCGCUGUGCAACGGGCCCGGAAAGUGUUUGUUUUUUUUUCCACCCUCGUCUUUAUUUCCCCCAGAUGCUGCUAGCUGAUCUAGCCGAGAAGUCAUUAAUGCGCAGCCGUGGCUGCAAUACGUUGGGGGAUUUAUACAAAACCCCGAAAGCAGUGAAGUUGUCACGUUGUGUAAAUGCUAAAUAAAAAGAGAAUACAACAAA